AUGUCUGAAUCUACCGAAAAGGAAUUGAAUCCAUAUAUUCCAAAAUUUAUUAUAUCCAAACCAUGGUACAGUGAAGACAAACUAAAAAAAGAUGGUGACGAAGAAAAAUCCGAGGACUAUUUAUCUCAUCAAAGAAAAACUUUAGAAGUAAUUGAUCAUAGUAUACCUAAAGUUGGAGAUGGUAUAAAUGAUGAAUUUGAAGGAAAUGUACGUACCAAUAAAGAAAGUGACGAAAACUACGACUCAAAAAGAGAUAGAUGGUAUGGUUACUCAAAUGAACAAUGGCUUGAACUGAUUAAAAAUUGGAAUGAAAAAAAUAAUAAAACUUCAAAACUUUCAAAACAUAUUGAUAAUGAUGAUUCAGAUGAUUCAGAAUAUGAAUUAGAAUUAAAAGAAUUAGGUUUAGAAAAAUCAGAUAUUUUAAAAAAUGUAAAAGAAGAUCCAAUGGAAAAAAUGUUAAGAGAUAGACAAGAUAUACCAGCAUAUAUUCAUAAUAUUAAUUCAAGAACCUCCAAUAAGAUAAGAAUUGAAUAUGAUCCAAAAUCAAGAUUAGCAAAAGAUCCAACAAAGGGAAUUUUAAAUGAUAAAAAUCAAUUUAUUAAAAAAAUUGAAGGAGAAUCAAAAAAUUUAAAAAUUUUACAAAAUUUUGCAUGGGAAUUAGAUCAAAAAGAUUUAGAAAUUAAAAAAUUAAAACAAAUUGAAGAAUUAAAAGAACGUGAAUAUUCAUAUGGUGAUGAAGAAAUUAAAGAAGACAAAAUUGGAAGUGAUUUAAAUUUAAGUCUUGAAGCAAGUCCAACUUUAAUGAUGUUAAAAGCUAAUCAAGAAAAACAAAAAGCAAAAGAAAAAUUAAUUGCUAAAAGAAAAGCUAUAUUGGAUAAGUACACUGAUUCAAAAGAAAAUGAUAUUAAGAGACAGAAAAAAGAAGAUUGA